CUGAACACACACGCACACUGCAAGAGUGAGGACGUAAAAAGAGAGAGUUACGAGAGAGAAGGGAAGAAAUUCUCUCCUGGUUGUUUUGCAUCCCUGAUAUGACCCUGUUCAGCCCAAGAUACAUGAGCAUGAGUGGAGAGUUGAAGUCCAGCCGCUCCAGGGCUGCAAGUAAGAGGGCCAGCAACACCACUUAUGGAUCUGAGUUCGACCUGGACUAUGACAGCUACCACGAGGACUACUAUGACAGGGUGUAUGACUACCAGCGUGUGCCGGCUUCACUCUCUCCUCCGCCUCUGGGACCCAGUCUGGCCAAGCGACCCCGUUCCUCCUCCUACUCCUCUGGGCACAGACGCAGUCGAGACAGAACCCACUCCAAAAGCUCCAGAGCCCACUCCACUAGUUCAACCACAGCCAAGUUGGGCAUGGAGGAGUUGCAGGUGAUUAAAAAGGAGCUGACUCUGAUAAAGACACAGAUCGAUGGGCUGCUUGACAGUCUUGACAGGAUGGACACACAGAGGAAUGACCACAAAGGGUCUCCCCUGAGAGAGGACAGUCCAGCUGGCUCACCAUACGCUCUGUCUGCCAGCAGCCCCGAGCACUCCCUCUCCUCCCUCUCUCCACCCAGCUCCCGCCAUCGAAUCCACAGGGAGGACACGGACCUGAGGGAGCCUGAUGAUGACAACCACACAAUGAGCAAUCAUAGCUCUGACCCCGAAGAGGAAAUAUGAGGGAGGAAAAUGAGAAGACGUAGAAGACAUGGAUUAAGUGCCAAACAUGGAGGAAGAGAACAACAGACGUCAAGCCAACACUCAUAUCAGUGGCUCACCUCCCUUCCAACAGGGUGUACAUAUCAGAUAACAUAAUACAUUUAAUUGUAUCACAGCAGCUUGGUUUCUGUGGCCGUACUUUUAAGUAAAUAUAAAUCACUGAAACACAUGACUUAAUCACGUCAAGUAUAUACACAUCUGAUUGAGAAGAAUUUGUCAAACUGAAAGAAUAAAAGAGAGAAAAUAAUUAUAAAGGACAACUGGAAGCAUGGAGGUGAAUUUAACUUUUUAUAAUCCGGCCUAAGUAGGCGUACCUAUUAUAUUGUAUGACAGGGUUUGCACCAACACUAAUAUUUCAGUAUUAAUCCAAAUGAGACAAUGGGGUUCUCUGAUUAAAACACAGUGUAAGCAGCUUACCAAUUUAUCAUGUCCACAUUAAAACUUCUUUCUAAAGCAGGCAGUGCGUGCCAGUAUCAGACUGCACAUACAGUAAUAAUCUGUGUGUAGUCAGUGGAUUCUGCAUAAUGUUUCUGCUGUUUCACCAGUUUCUCCCAAGAAAAAAAAAAAACCUUUUAUAUCUUUAAUGAGAUAAUGUACAAACAAAACAGAGCCAAUAAUAUUACUGAAGCCUUGACAGUUAUUAACCAAGCAAACAGCUUAUUUAAAUAUUGUUAUUUUCAGAAUAAGGGUUUUAAUGGAAUAUUGUGUACAUGUACUGUGAAAUGAAAAUCCCGUCUUUGGAUCUCAAACUAUGUGACUUGUGAAAACAAAGAAAUCUCUACACUCUCAAAUUCGAUCUUGUAAGAGGGCUUUUUGCUGAUGCUUGACUUUCUAUCCUUAUUGUUUACUUCUAAUCAGAGUUUUGCUAGUCAAAGUAAAUCACAGUAAUCCUUGAGAGAUUUAAAAGUCACACUGAUCAUUUAGGAGAGAAACCGGGCGCGUUCUGCUUGUAAGUUUCAGUAUGAUGCCUCUCUGAGUUUGACUCUGAUGCAAAUAUCUGCUCUCUUCUUUAAAUGUAUUAGUGGAAUGUUACAACUCUCUUCCACCAUGUAUUUGGCACUGUUAAGACAUGAAAGGCCCAGGUCAGUGUGUAAUAUUGUGUAUUAUUGUAAACUUUACUGUAAUUGUUACACUGUCUGAUUUUAAUCUUGCUUUAGGGAUUAUCAUGUUUUUUUGUUUGUUUUGUUUUUUAAGAAAACAAUUCUUAUGGUGUUACAUGUUUUUGUUUGCAUUCUUAAAAUAAGCCAAGU